AUGGUAAGACAUCUCUCACGUAGUCUGCCGCCAUCUCUUAUCCAGCAGCAACCACAACAACAACAACAACAAAAACGAAAACAAAGAAAAGAAGCCACAACAAAAGAAGAAGAAGAAGAAGAAGAGAAAGAACAGCAAAAACCAAUCCUUGUAUUUGAGGAUUCUGUGUAUCCCGUAGGUCCACUACGUCAGUUCAUCGCAUCCCUCUGCUCCGUUGGUUUUAUCACUGCCCUCGCGCUUGGAAUUGCGGCACCGUACUUUAGUUCAGUGCUUCCACCUGCCGUGAUGGCGUGGGUGACGGACCAUCGUGGGAUGAUUAUUGCCGGGGGAUUUCUGUUGAAUAUGAUCGGGGCGAAUCUUCUCCAGUCCGGUGCGUUUGAGGUGUAUCUUGACGAUACACUCAUUUACUCAAAGUUGCAGAGGGGUGCCGUGCCGCCAGCAGAUGCACUUGCACGGAUUAUUCUUGAAAAGAUUGCAGCAGAGAAUUAG